AUGCAAAAAAGUAAUCAGACUAAUUUUAAAGCCAAUUUUAGUCAUAUGUUAGUUGAUAUGUUAAGGUUUUUAUAUUAUAAGUUAGGGAUUGCUAAGGCAGAUUUUAAACAGUAUUUGGUUAAUCAGUUGGUUAAUAAGAGUAAGAAAAAAAAGGUUGUUAGCAAGACUAAUAUUGAAAAAAUAAAGAUGCUGUCUAGUAGUAAUAGUAUAAUUAUAUUUAUGUUUGAUAAUGCUAGUUCAUUAUUUUUUGAACUAGUAGUUGGUUCAGCUAGUAGUCCAGUUGAUGUUAGAUCUGAAAAAAGAAAAUAA